AUGGCAUCUCACCGGAAGUAUGCCGCGCUCCCAGACCUGGACUCGGCGCCAGACAUAUAUGAAACACCAGAACUUACCGACGAGCAUUCGACAGUUCCACCAACCACGUUACGAUCACCCUCCGACGACGAAUUCGAUGAUGGAGAGGACAAUGGAGACGAUACGACGGGGAUUUCGCGAUCCCGCCUUCGUAUAAACCAGGCUCGGUCGAGAUUUAUGCCAGCUGCGGUAGACGCGACAGAUGUGGACUUCUCCGAUCGCCUUGACGCCAAACGGAAGUCGUACAAAACGUCAACCCGACGCCAUCGGAUCCUUGAAGACGGUACAGAGGAGCUCGGUGAUUUCAGCGAUGAGGACGAUGCGGAGGGACUUGCACGGAAAAUCGCCCGGUUGAAGCGUGAAAUCGAAGAAGUUAAAGAGGAGUAUGGGAAAGAGCGGGCAGUAUCGGUCGAAGACAAGGGGGGAGACGAGGGCGAAGCCCAAGAGGGUGAGAUUGAGGCCCUCAGCAAGGUACUGGAUGAGCUGUCGAUCGCCGACCAGUCGCUGGUUUCUCGUGCGAUUCCCGCUGAUCCGGCGGGUGAUCUCGGGAGGUCGCAGCCCCAAAUCACUCCCAAGGGCAUUAGUUACACGAUAACUUACGCGCCAAACUACGAACAAACGCAUGCGUUGGCCAAAGCGGCGGAUUUUGACGCCCGUCUUGUUGUCCUCGAAAAAGCACUUGGGAUUGGAUCGGCCGCGAUGCCGGAAUUCGGAUCGAACGGCCUGCCGCGCGCCGUUGUUCCUCUACUCGAGAACCUACACAGGCAAAUUACCACCUUGUCCGAAGCGUCAGUCCCCUCUCUCGACAGUAUCAGUCGGAGAGUACGGGCAUUGACACAGGAGGCUGAGGAUCUGGAAAAGGCCCGCCGAAACGCAAAGACAGCCCAGGACGCGCUUGCUUCCGCAGGAGCAGCGCAAACAGCUGAGACCGCCACGGUCGAGGAUUCAGAGCAGACGGCGAGGAUCAACGCACUGUACGGCACACUGCCAACCAUUGAGAAUCUGGCUCCGUUGCUUCCUCCUUUGCUUGACCGGCUCCGUUCACUACGAAUGAUACAUGCCGAUGCUGCUGCGGCUGCCGAUACAUUGGCUCGACUUGAACAAAGGCAGGCAGAGAUGGCCGGGGAGAUCAAGGAGUGGCGAGAUGGGUUAGAAAAGGUGGAGAAUGCUGUUAGGGAGGGGAGUACGACGAUGACGAAGAAUGUGGAUGUUAUUUCGGGUUGGGUGAAGGAUCUUGAGGAGAAGAUGUCAAAGCUGUCUUAG